GUCACCGUGCAACACAUCCGCAGUGUUUUGUGAUUAGCGGUUGUGGUUGAAAAUUGCAGCUCGAACAGGUUAUCUUAAAAUAAAUAUUUGAUUGAAUCAAUACAAUUAGCUUUGUUUAUUCAUUUAAUAAGCAAAGACAACAGUAAACUAUAGAUGCCCUAGAUACUGUGUAACUGACUUUUCCAUCAUAAGCUGCAUAAAUGGAAUUGGAUGCGAAUUUAAUUUGGCUGCAAACUGAGUUAAGGGCAUUAGGCAAAGAUAAGGAUCUCAAAAAAAUUAAAUACAUUGGAGGGAACGAAGAUAGAAUUGAUGGAGUGGUUAAUGUCAUAAGGAUAUAUUCCACUAAAUCUUACCUUUCUACAGAAAAGAAGAAACGACUGCAAUUUCUUCAGUUGUUAUUUUUGAAUACAAAUACUGAAAAUGAUUUGUCACAGUUUCCCAAGGAAUCUCAACAUUUAGUUAAAGUAAUACCUACAUUAUCCACUUGUUUACUUGCGUGUAUAGUGCUUAACACAAAUUUGUUAUCCGAUUACUGCGAGUUAAUGAAAACAUUUCCAUUGUCUUUAAACAAGGAGCUGCUAUUUGAACUUCAAAUUUGUUUAACAAAUUGCAAUUUAAAAAAAACAUUACAGGACACUUCAUUAUUGUUGAAAGCUCUUAUUGAACUCUUUCAAGUAAACGAAAUGGACAACAAAAUCAUGCAAGGAAUAUGUCACAUUGCUAAUGAAAUGUUGAAAAAUAUUGUUUAUUUUAAUACUGAAAAGGCAUUGGAGCUCACGUCUUCCCAGCUUCAAGAGCACAUGGGCCAUUGUAUUCUUAAAAUUUUACAAAUCAUAAAUUUGUGCCCCCCUUACCAGGUCAAUGUUUGUCAAUUUCUGGAGCACACCGUUAAUGUGGCUACCAAAUUAAUGAAAGCGGUUACAGUUAAUGUUUUUUGUAUUUGGGCACAGGUGAAAUGUGAAUGUGGGACCCCUUUGCAGUUGGUGGUGGCCGAAGAAUCAUUUUGUACAAUUGACCAUUUGAAGAACUACGAACCUGCUGCGUGCUUAAUUGACAUAUUAUCUACGAUAGCACGAAAACCUAAACCUUUGAACGAUAAGGUUUUAGAAGCCGAUUUGUCCGAUAUUAUUUUUCAGAUAAAUCGAGGCGAUGAGAAUCAGUUAGUCUGGUUUCGUGCUCUAAUUAACACACAACUUUUCAAAGACGAGAAUGCUGUAAAGUGUCUUAAAAAGUGGUACCAUUUGUGUACAGCAGAUGAUGUUUUGCACCUGUUAGACCAUUCCAGUUCGUCUGAUGAUAGAGCAGUAGUUCUCAAAUGUGCCAAUGCGUUAAAUGUGUCAGAUCUAAAGAAUGUUAUUAUUAAGCAUUUUUGGAAGCACACCAACAUUUGGAAGGAGAAUAUUGGCGAUGAGUUCACAAUGUUUUUAAAUAAAUUUGAUCAUUCUGAUGAUAUAAGAGAGACCAAGAGGAUGUUGUUAUUUUCACUUCAAAAUCGUGAAUAUAUGUUGCAAACGUUAUAUGAAAAAUGUUUAAUGAAAAGAACAAAUAUCAACAAAUAUAAGAUAAUUUUUAAUGAGAUCAAAGACAUUAUGGAUGUCAAUAGCUUUUCUACGAGGAUUUUUGCCAACAUUAUGCAAAGCAAUCUGCCAAAAGAUGAAAAUAUAGUUUGCUAUAGGGAGCUAUUGAGCAUACUUUUAGAGUUACAAUAUUUCUCAGAUGGCAUUGUCAACAAAAUAUUUGGCGCAUGUUUGCUAAGCAUAGAAGGUGAUGAUUGCACUCUGGCAACGUUAACACUUUUUAAUACAAUUCCUGUCAAUUUUCGAGUAAUAGUUGGACAAGAGGAUCUGGUCUUUACAUUGCUAUUUAUAUUAGAGAAAUAUCGUCAAGAAUUUGAUAUUUUACACUUAGCUCCCGCUAUAACGCAACAAUGUACUGAUUUAUUAUGCAAGUUUAGUAAAGAUGUGCAGUGUCUUAAUUUUGGAGAUCGAUUAAGUGAAUUACCACUAACACACAUAAACAAGUAUUAUGCAAGCAAAUUUUAUUCAAGUUCCGAAGAUACAUUUCUGAAAUUUAUAUAUCACUCGGAAACUACUUCAGAUUAUGUGGAGUGUGCAGCUAAAUUAAUUAAUCUUUUACCAAUAUGUGUGAAAUCAGAGUGGAUGUUAAUAACAAAUGAAAUCUUAGAACGUUUUGGUUAUGUGGAGACACUGAACUUAUAUAGUCAAGUUAUGUUCUUAAUCUCUCAACUGAAAGAGAAUGUUGAGAGAAGAUUAGUUUACUGCUUACAGCUGUAUACAAUCAUUUUGAAGGAUAUACUGCAACCAAAAUAUAACACCCUGACGGAAGAACAAACACUGGCGAAACAAAUAUGCAGGUUACUAAAAAAUAUACCGCCAAAUAUUCGUGAGAAUGAAGCAAUAAGACUGACAGGAUUGCUAACAAAUAAUGUUUUAAAGUCAUUGAAAGGCGAUCGUGAAUUUAUUUUAUUACUGAUCUCCAUACAAGAUACAGGCGUUUCUCAGCUUCUCGCACAAAGAAUGUUAGAGUAAAGUAUAUGUCCUGUUUGUUCCAUUUUACACUGUACCCACCUGUAGCACAGACCGGAUGCUAAAACCAGAAAUUAAAACUUCUAAUUUUGCAGUC